AAAGAACAGUUCCUUUCUGCAGAAAUACUGGCUUCAUGAACACUGAUGAGGAACACAACACAGUCCACUAGUGUAACUGUAAGUGUAACUAAACUUGACAACAAUAACUACAGAAAUUUACGGAAAUGCACAGAGAAGACGGAAAAAGGGAUGAUGCUGUGUACGAAAAUAUUACUAAAAAUAUAACUGGUAAAUCUGGAAAAGAGAUCACUGACUGUAACGCGAUGAGAAUCCAGUCAUCAGAACUCACAGAUUCAGGAAGUGAUGGUUUGACGAUCUCCAGAGCAGCUGGUGUGUGUUUGGGGCUGCUGUGUGUUCUUCUGCUGACUGCAGUCAUAGUGCUGUGUGUCCUCAUCUAUACAAAGAGCACAAACUACACAGAGGAGAAACAACAGCUUCUAACUAAGAUCACCAACCUCACAGAAGAAAGAAACCAGCUACUAACCAACAAUACCAGCUUAUUUAAACUAAACAAACAGUUCAGUCAAGAGAAAAAUGAACUGGCAAAGUUUUUUCAAGAUGGAUGGAUUUACUAUCAAUUCAGUCUUUACUAUGUUUCCACUGAGACGAAGAGCUGGGCUGAGGGCAGAAGAUACUGUACAGAGAGAGGAGCAGAUCUAGUGAUCAUAAAUGACAGCAAAACACAAGAUUUUGUAAAGAAAAUAUCCUGUGGAUCUGAAACCUGGAUUGGUCUGACUGAUAUUGAAGUGGAAGGCACAUGGACAUGGGUAGAUGGCAGCACACUGACCUCUGGGUUCUGGAAUGCUAAUGAGCCCGGUGGAUAUACAGAAGAGAACUGUAUUGUCAAAAUUUCAGAAGGAUGGGCUGAUUAUCCAUGUACUACCUUUUUUAUAUGGAUUUGUGAGAAGAAAAAUGUAAAAUGAGUUAAUUAUAUGCAAUGACUUAUAUAUAAUACAUGUUUAUAUUUAGCAUAAACAUUAAGGAACACUUUAAAACCAGGAACUUUUGAGUCAUUUUGAAAUUUACAAUUUUGGUCUGCCACCAUUACAAAGUAAAGUCUUAAAACUAUUAACUUGCACAUUUACCAUAUUUGUCUUCUCUAUUAGUCAUCUCAUGUCAAAGUUAUAUUUUUAGAUUUAUGACAUUUCUUAUGUAAUGCUAAAACAUUGCUGAUCACUUUCAGAAGUUGUAAUGAUGCUUUCUUUUCAAAGAAAUAAUGUGAAACAUUGGUCACUUAUACAUAUAUUGGUAUUAUUAAAUAUAAUUUCACACACAAAGCAAAAGCAUAACACAUAAUAAAUAUCGGAUUAUUUUUAUUCUCAUUUUUAUUAUUCCCUCUUCUGGCAAUUCCAGUAUGAGUUUUUCAUGGUUAUAUUGCAAUUAAAGCAAAUUUCAGGUUCAGUACAAGUUUAGCUCAAAUUCAGUAGAUACCUUAAUGUUUAUUUACAUGUUCCUGUAUUUGUAAGUGUUUAUCUUGCUUAAUAAAAAAUGAA